GCCUAUGACUGUCGUGCGCAACACAAUGCCGCUACUGUACGGACAAAAUAGAGCUUCUGCACUUUGAGUCAGUUUUUUGGCCAACUGUGUCAACAUGAGAGUAUAAAACAAGUUAUAGCGUCCUUAUAAGAUAUUUAGGGGACAUUAAUGUGCGGUGACAGCUUGUUGACAAGAGGAUGGACUUCAGCAGGACUGUUCUUGUGACUGGAGGCUCUGGAUUCAUUGGCUCCCAUUUGGUGUGUUCACUGGUCAACAAACACCCGGAAUGGAGGGUUAUUAACCUGGAUAAUCUGGAUUACUGCUGCAGCCCAAGGAGUUUAGAAAGCAUUGAAGACAAAAAUAACUACACCUUUAUCAGGGGAGAUGUGUGUAACUCGCGGCUGAUGAAUCACAUCUUCAAAACAGAAAACAUUGACGUCAUCUUUCACCUGGCAGCCAAAACACACGUUGAGGCAUCCUUUGAAUCCCCGUCCAGUUUCCAGCAUGUAAACGUUGACGGUACCAGAGUUUUACUUGCAGCUGCCCAUCAGGCCGGACACCAACCACAGCGCUUCAUCUACGUCAGCACUGAUGAAGUGUAUGGAGGGAGUCUGGAGGAGGUGUUUGAUGAGAGCAGUCCAGUGAGGCCCACCAACCCGUAUUCUGCCACGAAAGCAGCAGCGGAGUAUCUGGUUAGGUCCUACUGGGACCAGUAUCAGUUUCCCAUCAUCAUUACCAGAAGCAACAACAUCUACGGGCCCAGACAGUUUACUGAGAAGGUUAUUCCAAGGUUUCUCACCCUUCUGCAGAUGAAUAAGAAAUGCACCAUUCAGGGGACUCUCCCAAUAUCCCGCCAUUUCCUGUUUGUCAGUGAUGCCAUCAACGCCUUCCUGCUGGUACUGGAGAAAGGGAUUGUGGGAGAAAUCUACAAUGUAGGGACAAGCUGUGAAAUUCCCAUCGUUCAGCUGGCGCAGGAACUUGUGAAGAUGGUGAAGAAUGUACCGGACUCUGAGGUGAACGACUGGCUCGAGUUUGUGCCAGACAGGCCGCGGGUCGACCUGUGUUACCCAAUCAAAAGCGAGAAGCUGCAUCACCUGGGCUGGAGAGCAGAAGUGUCCUGGGCGGAAGGCAUCAGACAUACUGUGAAAUGGUACCAAGACAACCCAGACUUCUGGUUGGAGAAAAGGGACCAGCCUAGUGAGCUCUGUUAGCCCUGCAGCUUGACUGACAGGCGACAACGCGGACCAAGAUAGACUUCUUUCACCAAAUCACGUGUUAAAGGACAAAAUGUAUUGCUGAUUUACAGUUUGCUCAAAAAAUUAUUUUUGUUAUUUAAAGUUUUUUAAUCAGCCAUGUCUGUAGUAUCAGACAAACCGAACCUGAAGUGCCAAACAGGAAGGCAGAGCCUCCCCGCAGCCAAAGCAAAGCCUCAGCAGGAGAUCAACGCACUUUAUAUUAAAUUCUUAUAUCUGCAAGUCGGUUUUUGCUUUGUCAUGCUACUUGAAAAAUCUCAGCCUUUUAAGAAUUCCGCAUCUUUUCCAGGAUUUUGAUCAUCUGUUCUAACUGUCUAACAUUUUGCUGGCAAAUUCCUUAUUUAACCGGAUCUAGAGUUUUAAAUAGCUCAAUGAUUUCGUUGUGUAUUUUUUUUACAAUUUACAAAGCGGACCAGCUUUUAUAGAAAGAUAAAGAAUGUUUCAUGCAGGUUUUCUAUCCCACAUUUCUUAUUUUAAACAAGUUCUCUCUUUGUGGAGAAAACCCUUUUUUUCGGAGACACCUCCAAAAGGGACGUCGGUUUUAGGCCAGAUUAUAAACACACUUUAACUAGUUGUCUUACUCUUGAAGACACCCGUCAGGUUCCUGAUCACACAUUUACAGUAGACAACUAAACUCUUUAGCAACUACAAGUAAUUUAACACCUUAUUUCUGUGAAUCUUCAUAUACUUUUUUAAAACUGCCUUAUGAGGACAAGAAGGAAACUUCAGCCAGGAACAUUUCAUAAAUACUGGUAUUUUCAUUUGAUGCUGUUAAACUUUGAAUAAACAUGUUUAAUAAUUUGAAGGCAUCACAGACAUUUUUAUGUUUUUUUUUUCCUGAUCAUCUGAAACUUGAAAUGCCCAAACACAAACACACACACAAAAGAACAGAUCAAAACACUGAUCACAUCUGCAAAUCCAAACCUUUAAUUGUGGUAAAAUCAGAAUAGUUGCA